AUGGACAAGUCCCGCGUCAAUCUGCUCGAGUACCUUCGCUCGAAGACCCAGGUCGAUCUUGAUACGUUUGACGUUACAGCCGUCGGAGCGGUUGGCCAAUGUGUCGACUGCACUUCUAACCAGUACGAGUACUACACCGAGCUCGCGAAGCCUACCCGACGUGACAUCCUGGAGAAAACUCUCGAGGAAACCGCGAGACUUCAUGACCUGUUCCCGGAGGUUAUCUUCGAGGAGCUUGGGGUCGAGGUCGGGGCCGUGCUGCUGGCUGGGAAAAUGGUCCCCGGAUUCACGGGGAACGUCCAUCUCAUGGUCAAUCCGAAGUACGCCUACUCGAAGGACAAGGUCUACGCCAACGCAAAGAGAUUCCACCACCUCUUCGCCCUCAUCGACCCGUCCUACGAUAGAUCGCGCAUCGUGAUAAAAGUCCCCGCAACAUGGGAAGGCCUACAAGCAUGCCGUCUCCUGCACAAAGACGGAGUGAAGACGCUCGGGACAACGCUCUUCUGCAUGGAGCAAGCCGUUCUGGCAGGCGAGGCAGGAUGCGUCUCGAUCUCGCCGUUCGUGCACCGUUUGAAGAUCCUGGUUGAGCCGGCCGGAUACAAGGACCCGCACCCAGUGUACACUCUCAGCGGCCGGGCGCAGCGAUGGUACAGGCAACACGGGAUUCGGACUAUGGUCAAAUCUUGCGCGACAAGCGGGAUCGAUGAGCUGCUGCAACUUGCUGGAAUCGACGCUCUCACUAUUGUUCCUGAUGACCUUCGAGAGCUGGAGCGUGGAUACCGCGAUGCUGACGAGGUUGCUGCCAUGUCUAUUGUCGAAGAUGUUGCGGCGGAGGAGAAGACUGAGUAUCCUUCUUACAUCGAUGACGAGGCGAAGUACAGGGCGGAUUUCGAGAAGGCGGAUGAGGGGAGGGCGAUUGAAAAGACCGCUGAGGCCAUCGACAUCUUCUGCGGCUAUCAGGACAAGGCUGAGGAAGUCAUCCGAAAGGCCAGGAAGUAA